AUGGAUUCUGAAUGUAGAAAGAAGAAGCCUAAUGGGCAAGAUUGUAAUGUAGAUUUACAAGAGGAGGAAAGAUUAAGAAAGGGUAAGGCAAAGGUUGGGGACGAAAUUAAGGCAUCAAAGCCUCAGUUUCAAUCCAAGAACAGGACUGUUUUUUCAAUGAGUAACCCAUCUACAUCGAAGGGGCAAUGGAGGGUGUUGGAUAAUCAGCAAUUAAAGAAGUCAACUGGUUCAGCAAAAUUGGGUGUUCGUUCAUCAAUUCCAUCCCAUGUCGAUAAUGAGCAGAUUGUUUCACCUCCGCAAUGUCAACUAAACGGGCAAUCUUCUCCUUCUUCAUUGUACUCCACAUUUUUGAUUGAUCAUAAUUAUGUUGCGCGAAGACGUGCUGGUGUUCUCUUGGAUGAUGAAGGGAUUGCUUAA